UAAUAAAAUAAGGGAGACUUUCCGAAGAUAUGAGAUGCUUGACUUCUUAUAAUUUCUCCAACUUCACCGCCAAAAGGCCGAAAUCUCUCCACUUAUAUAUGUAACUAGUUCUCAUUUUACGUAAAGUCAAAUGAGCUAGCAAAUUGUCCCUCUCUCCAUCUACCUAGCUAGCUCCAUCAAAAAAUUUCUGCGUUCUGUCCAGGUACUGCAUGGACUUUACAACUUAGGAACAGCUAGCUGCCUCUGUAGUCUGGUGGAUCAAGAGAAAGAAAGAAAUGGGAAAUUGGAACACAACUUGUGCUUGUAAGAGAUCUAAGUUGAUGAGGAAGCAAAUGGAUUCCAUGAAUCAUAAUACUCAUCAUGAAGGAAUAAGGACUGUAAAGGUGAACAAGGUCUGCGACUUCUCUGGAAACUCAGACCUUUGCAUUUGCGCAGUGACCUGGAACAUGAAUGGAAAGGUGGUUUAUGAAGACUUGGUGGAGCUGGUUGGGAGCAACUCCAAGUCUGAUCUACUGGUGGUAGGUUUGCAAGAGGUGCCUCGGAAAAACAUCGCACGGUUAUUGGAAACAGCACUUGUGGAUACUCAUGUCCUGCUAGGAAAGGCAAUCAUGCAAUCUCUUCAACUUUAUGUAUUUGGACCUCAGAACUCGGGGUUUUCCAUCAAAGAAUUGAAGGUGGAUAAGCAUUCUGUUGGUGGUUGUGGAGGAUUAAUUAGGAGAAAGAAAGGAGCUGUGGCCAUCUGCAUGAGCUACAAUGGCAUCCGAAUGGUAUUCAUCUCUUGCCAUCUUUCUGUCUGGAUUGGUGUAAUAUAUGCAGCUCAUGCUCGUAACGUGGAAGAGAGGAAUUCACAAUGCAGACAUAUAUCACACAACCUUUUCUCUAAGUAUAUGAAUCCUUACAGCAAGCCUGCUCAAGUCACGGUAUGGCUGGGAGAUCUUAACUACAGAAUACAAGGGAUAGAAACACAUCCAGUCAGAAAUCUUAUACAGAAAAACCUUCACAGAUUCCUCACCAGCAAAGAUCAACUUCUACAAGAAGCUGAAAGAGGACAGGUGUUUGAUGGAUACUGCGAAGGGACAUUGACCUUUAAACCAACAUACAAGUACGAUGUUGGAAGCAGCAAUUACGAUACAAGUUACAAGGUGCGAGUCCCAUCAUGGACAGAUCGAAUCUUGUUCAAGAUUCAAGACAUGGAGGAAAUCAGGGCAAGUUUGCAUUCUUACGAGUCAGUUGAUGACAUUCACAGUUCGGAUCACAAGCCAGUGAAAGCUCACCUCUGCUUGAAAGUUAAUGAACAGCCAUAACCUGCCAAUAGAAAUCAAUUUUUCUUUUCUUUGUGAUAUCAGCUUGUGUUUUUUCGUGUCAUCCCACUUACGCAGAUUGAGUGUACUUAACAUGAUUUUAGGGAUAAGAAAUUAAUGCAUGCAGGGCCUUUUCUUUUA